CUGUUUGUUUGGUUACUUAUGCCACUGAAGGAUCAGUCAAACUCCACCGCCAUGAAGCCAGCAGUGGAUGAGAUGUUUCCAGAAGGCGCCGGGCCGUACGUGGAUCUGGAUGAGGCUGGCGGAAGCACAGGAUUGCUGAUGGACUUAGCUGCCAAUGAAAAAGCUGUCCAUGCAGACUUCUUCAAUGAUUUUGAAGACCUCUUUGAUGAUGAUGACAUCCAGUGAUCAAGAGUAACGGGAUGGAUGAUUUAUUUAUUUUGUCUUUUUGUUUGUGCCAGUGCUUCUAAAGAG